UUGAUCUGCAGGUUGGCGGGCAGCCUGCUGGCUUGUUGCCCGCCCAGUGGGUCCCGCCCCUGGCAAGGAUACCCGGAGCUCGCCUGCUUUGCUGAGCCCGGGUCUCUCGCUCCAGUCGUCCCCCCAGCCACUCUGCUGAGUCCUGGCGCCAUGGCCACCUCGUCUGCGCGGCCUUCGGUCCUGGCCCUGGCUGGGCUGGUGCUGCUCCUUUUGCUGUGCCUGUGUCCAGGUAGCAUAAGCGGAAACAAACUCAAGCAGAUGCUCCAGAAACGAGAAGAACCCGCACCAGCCAAGACGAACGUGGCUGUGGCUGAGCACACAGCAAAGGAAUUCCUGGGUGGCCUGAAGCGUGCCAAGAGACAGCUGUGGGACCGCACACGGCCUGAGGUCCAGCAAUGGUACCAGCAGUUCCUGUACAUGGGCUUUGAUGAGGCGAAAUUCGAAGAUGAUGUCAACUACUGGUUAAACAGAAACCGAAAUGGGCAUGACUACUAUGGUGACUACUAUCAGCGCCACUAUGAUGAAGAUGCAGCCAUCCGUCCCCGCAACCCAGAGAGCUUCAGGCAUGGAGCCAGUGUCAACUAUGACGACUAUUAACCUCCCUUGACGAGGUGCCACAGAGCCUGUGCUUUGCUUUAGAAGGCCUUCUUUCCCCCAAACCCCAUGCUAUGUGAACAU